AUGGAGACCCUGGAUAUCACCCUGACCAAGUGGUUUAAGGUGAAAGAAUACGACCAGAAGAGUGAGCAGCGGGCAGAGAAACACGAGGGACUCCGGGGACGUAACAACAUCACUUCCUGUCGGAGCCCAACCAGAGAACUGGACACACGGUGGAUCAAGAAGGAGCUGAGGCGGAAGAGACAGGAGGAAUUCGAUAUAAGACGAUCGGUCAGCCCAGAAAGGGCCAAAGAUUCUGGAAAGGUCAAGGACGACAGUUGUGUCAUCUGUGACACAGCCAAGUCAGAGACGGUGGAGGCUAAGGCCUCAAUAUGGAAAAAUGAGAAGAGCAGUACUAGAACACUAGAGGCAGUUUCCUCCACCUUCACCACCUCCACCCCAACCUUCACCACCUCCACCCCAACCUUCACCACCUCGACCAGAGAACCACCCACCUCCACCCCUACCUCCACCCUGAAGACGUCCACCCCGAGCAGAGAACUAGUCCAGCCCAGGUUAAAAGCCUCGACAAAACAACCACCCACCUCCACCCCUAACUCCACCCCUACCUCCACCCCUACCUCCACCUCUACCUCGACCCCUACCUCCAACCCUACGUCCACCCCGAGCAGAGAUCUAGUCCAGCCCAGGUUAAAAGCCUCUACAAAACAACCACCCACCUCCACCCCUACCUCCACCCCUACCUCCACCCCUACCCCCAUCCUUACCUCCACCCCUACCUCCACUCCUACCUCCACCCCUACCUCCACACCUACCUCCACCCCUACCUCCACCCCUACCUCCACCCCUACCUCCACCCUGAAGACGUCCACCCCGAGCAGAGAACUACCUCUACAAAACAACCACCCACCUCCACCCCUACCUCCACCCCUACCUCCACCCCUACGUCCACCCUUACCUCCACCCCUACCUCCACUCCUACCUCCACACCUACCCUCCACCCCUACCUCCACCCUACUCCACUACCUCCACCCCUACCUCACACCUACCUCCACCCCUACCUCCACCCCUACCUCCACCCCUACCUCCACUCCUACCUCCACCCCUACCUCCACCCCUACCUCCACCCUGAAGACCUCCACCCCGAGCAGAGAUCUAGUCCAGCCCAGGUUAAAAGCCUCGACAAAGAAAGGAAAGGGCAUCCUGAAGGGUACAGGAGGUAAGAAGACACAGCAAGAAGUCAGCUCACAGACAGAGCCUGGCUCUAUGUACACAUCUGGCUCUAUAUACAGGCCUGGCUAUGUUACCGUCAAGGAAUCUGAAGUUAUUCAGCUGGAUGUUUACUUGCAGGAAGCUCUAUGGAGAGAGGAGGGCCUGAAGAAGAAGUUGGCUGUUCUCCAGAAGCGUGGCUCCACCCUGCUGCAUCACUCUGACACCCUAUGGACUACAAGCUGCAAUGAAGACCUACUAAAGAACAAGAUCAGAGCAUUGGAAACACAGCUGCAAGUCUGCCUGCAGAAACUCCCCUUGGAUGGAGUGAAGAAGCUAGUGAUACAGAUGGAGAAACAGAAGGGAGCGUAUGAGGAGAAAGCCUUGGAGGUCAUCCAGAGGGCAACAGAGGAGAAAAAGGAAGCUCUCAGUCAAGCUGAGACACUCGAGGUGCUGCUGCAGGCAGCCAGAGUGGAAGCGGCUCAGUGGCAGGGUCUGUGUGAGGAAAUGAAGGAGAGCUCAGAACAGCUGAAGAAGAAACAGGAGAUCAGCUCUGAACAGGUUCUUCAACUGCAGAACCAACUGGAGCUGGCCAGGGGUCAGGAGGCGGGGCUGAGGGAGGAGCUGGGGGCAGUACAGCGAGUGGAGGAGGAGUUACAGUCCAACAUUGUUCUACUGGAAGAACAGAACGAGAACCUGAGGGAACAAAUCCAGGAGUUGAGAGAUGCCAGAACUGAGACUCAGGAGGUGUCCCUGGAUGAAUCCUUGGCCCAGUUGGAUGUGUCUCUGGAGCAGUCAGAGGAGGAGGAGCGGACCCUGGCCCAGUUGGAUGUGUCUCUGGAGCAGCCAGAGGAGUUGGAACGGACCCUGGCCCAGUUGGAUGUGUCUCUGGAGCAGUCAGAAGAGUUGGAACGGACCCUGGCCCAGUUGGAUGUGUCUCUGGAGCAGUCAGAGGAGGAGGAGCGGACCCUGGCCCAGUUGGAUGUGUCUCUGGAGCAGUCAGAGGAGGAGGAGCGGACCCUGGCCCAGUUGGAUGUGUCUCUGGAGCAGUCAGAGGAGGAGGAGCGGACCCUGGCCCAGUUGGAUGUGUCUCUGGAGCAGUCAGAAGAGUUGGAACGGACCCUGGCCCAGUUGGAUGUGUCUCUGGAGCAGUCAGAGGAGGAGGAGCGGACCCUGGCCCAGUUGGAUGUGUCUCUGGAGCAGUCAGAGGAGGAGGAGCGGACCCUGGCCCAGUUGGAUGUGUCUCUGGAGCAGUCAGAGGAGGAGGAGGAGGAGGAGGAGGAGGAACAGCUGAUUGUAUCGUCACAGCAGAAGCAGUUAUCAUGGGGAGAUGGAGAUCAGGUUCUGGAGCAGCUCCGUCACGCUCUGGACCGACUACAGCUGAAGGAGAGGGAGUGUGAGGAGCUGCAGAACGAUCUGGAGGCCGUGGAGGCAGAGUGCCAGUCGUGCCAGGUCCGUCUGACGCAGUGCAGGGACGAACUCCGACAGCUCAGCCACCGACGCAGCAGCAGGGUGUGCAGGAAGCCCUGUGUCUCGUGGAUAUGUCUCUGUGUUCCACUACUACUGCUCCUGGCCAUGGUGGCGGCGGCCAUCUUGUGGGCGUGGCAUCCUCCCUUCAAGGACCAAGUCCAGGACCUGUACUCAGCUGUAGAGGAACACAUAGAGGACUAUCUACUGCAGGCCGUCUCUCCACAACACGUUGGCUGCUUCAGGCCUGUCUGACCACAGCACGUUGGCUGCUUCAGGCCUGUCUGACCACAGCACUAGCCUGAGUCCCACAUCGGUUUGGGCUCUCUUGCCAACUCUAAGACAUUGGACUUGACAAGACAGUACAAAGAGAUCUGGGACUCAGGCUACCACAGCACAGCUCAGGUUUAAGAUUUAUAGUUUGAUUGAGUUUGUUUUGUGUAUAUUAAGAAUUUUUGUUAAGGUAUUAUUAAUUAAUUUUUUAACAAAAAAAUCUAACAAAAACAAUCCAAAUGAUAAAAGACAAAACAAUCUAUUAAUUUAAUUUAUAUUUAUAACUCAGAACCUUUGUGUGCCUUUAUAGAUGAAUUGAGAAUGACAACUAAGCAUUAGUUGCUUUUGAUUCCAACUUUAAAGUAGUCUCUGCAGAUAGAGUUCGAUUGACUUAAACAUCAAUGUUUACAAUGUUACACAUUACACAAACUUUGGGAUAAAAAUAACAAUUUACUGCCUAUCAGUGGAAGCUGCUGAGAGGAGGACGGCUCAUAGUAACGGCUGGAAUGGAGUCAAUGAAAUGGAAUCAAACCACAUGGAAACCACGUCAUGGAAACCACGUCAUGGAAACCACGUCCUCCCAGCAGCCUCCUCUGCUGCAUAUGCAUCGUUAUGUAAUAAUUGUUCAAUAUCUUUGUUUGAAAUGAUUAUAUUGGACUAAUGCACCUCAUAUUUUAGUUGUACAAAAAAAUCGUGCAGAUCAUGAAAAUCAUUAGAAAAGUAUCAUAAUAAGUAUUCUGUUUUGUGUCAUUUUGUUUGAGAAACAGAGACCGGGAUUCAAUCCAAUCAGCUGUAUAUCAGCGUUGUAGCGCGCUUGACAUUUAAAGGUAACUUCCAAGUGUCACGAAUCCCGCCGAGGAUGGUGCCUCUUCCUGUUCGGGCGGCGCUCGGCGGUCGUCGUCACCG